CGUACAGAUGGUCAAUCGAAUUUGGAAUUUGACAUUUUCGGUGAAUGAAUUAGUGGUAAACAACAAAAGACAAGCGACAAAUCGAAUAAAAUAAAACUUUGCCAGCAUUUUUCAUUUUAAACCAUUUACAUUUGGAAUUCUAUUUAAAUUAUUUUGCGUUAAAUACAAGUCACAUUUCCAAAGAUGUCUAUCGAAAUCGAAUCAGCUGAUGUUGUUCGAUUGAUUCAACAAUAUUUGAAAGAGUCAAAUUUAAAUAAAACCCUUCAAACAUUGCAGGAAGAGACUGGUGUAUCAUUGAAUACCGUCGAUAGCGUUGAAGGUUUUAUAUCCGAUAUACACAAUGGACACUGGGAUACAGUGCUAAAAACGAUUCAGUCAUUAAAACUUCCCGACAAGAAGCUAAUCAAUUUAUAUGAACAAAUUGUAUUGGAACUUAUCGAAUUGCGUGAAUUGGGUGCUGCACGUUCGCUGCUCCGUCAAACCGAUCCAAUGAUUAUGUUAAAACAACAUGAGGCCGAACGAUACAUUCAUUUGGAAAAUAUGUUGCAACGUGCAUAUUUUGAUCCGCGUGAAGCCUAUCCAAAUGGCAGCAGUAAGGAGAAGCGUCGCGGUGCCAUUGCCCAAGAAUUAAGUGGUGAAGUAUCGGUUGUGCCAUCGUCACGUUUACUUGCACUUCUUGGCCAGGCAUUAAAAUGGCAACAACAUCAAGGUCUCUUGCCACCCGGCACACAAAUCGAUUUAUUCCGUGGCAAAGCUGCAAUUAAAGAUCAAGAAGAAGAAAUGUAUCCAACACAAUUGGCACGCCAAAUUAAAUUCGGACAGAAAUCUCACACGGAAUGCUCUCUGUUUUCACCAGAUGGACAAUACUUGGUUACGGGCAGCGUCGAUGGUUUCAUUGAAGUAUGGAACUUUACAACUGGUAAAAUUCGUAAGGAUUUAAAAUACCAAGCAAAUGAUAAUUUCAUGAUGAUGGAGCAUGCCGUUCUCUCAAUGACAUUCUCAAGAGAUAGCGAAAUGUUAGCAACUGGAUCACAAGAGGGACAAAUUAAAGUAUGGCGCAUUCUAACCGGUCAAUGUUUACGUCGUUUCGAUAAAGCACAUGUUAAAGGUGUUACAGCAUUACAAUUUAGCCGAGACAAUGGUCAAGUGCUAUCGGCUUCAUUCGAUCAUACAAUUCGUUUGCAUGGCCUAAAAUCUGGAAAAAUGCUAAAAGAAUUUAAAGGUCACACAUCAUUUGUGAAUGAAGUAUGUUUUACGGUGGACGGUCAUAGUGUUAUCAGCGGUUCAUCAGAUGGCACCGUUAAGGUUUGGUCGUUUAAAACAACCGAAUGCACAGCAACAUUUAAACUACUUGGAAAUGAAUUGGCCGUAAAUACGGUGCUGCUAUUGCCGAAAAAUCCCGAACAUUUUAUUGUGUGUAAUCGAUCGAAUACAGUUGUUAUCAUGAAUAUGCAAGGACAAAUUGUAAAAUCGUUUUCGUCUGGUAAACGUGAGGGUGGUGCAUUCAUUUGUGCAACACUAUCACCGCGUGGAGAAUUCAUUUAUUGUGCCGGAGAGGAUAUGGUGUUGUAUUGCUUCUCGGUAUCAUCGUGCAAAUUGGAGCGUACACUGAACGUACAUGAAAAAGACGUAAUCGGUUUAACACAUCAUCCGCAUCAAAAUUUAUUGGCCACAUACAGUGAGGAUGGUCUGCUUAAAAUAUGGAAACCAUAAAUUUUGCGACUUAUAAUUCAUAACUGAAAAUUAAUAUGACUUUUUUUCGACACAAUUAAAAAGAAAACAAAAAAACCAUGCAUAAAUAUUUGAUCAAAACAUAUUUUAUCUAUUUUCAUAGUGCAUUAAGAGCGAUAGAGAGAAAGGCGUUCGUAGCGCCUCCAUGUGUACUGUCAAUUGUUCAUACAGAUAUACACGUUAACAAAUUGUAAUGUGUGCGUGCGCUUUUUUCCCUCUUUAUUAUCCAUACGUAUUUCACAAUCAUACAUACAUCGUUUAUUGACGUUUCCACAACAAAUGUCAGCCGCGUAGUUUAGUAUAUCAAAAAGUACAAAGAAAUUACCACUCUCUUUACAUGACUAUUACAGAAAAUCGAGCAAAAUAAAAACAAAAAUAUAACUUGUACCUUAUUUAAGUAUAUUAAACUGUUUUAUUUUUAAUUUAGUUGUUCCGAAUCUUUUUUGAAACGUGAACAACGAGUUUAAAAAAAAAAAAAAAACAUAUAUUGUGA